AUGAGUGACGUAUGUGAGCAGCCAGUGUUUACGGAAGAAAAAGUUUCGAAGGAAUUGGAGAGAAUUGGAAUAAUUGAUCGAGUGCUUGCAAAAUAUGGUGCCUUAACUAUCAAAGGAGUAUACAAAAUUAUUUACAAUGUUGAUGAGGGAAAAAAUUUUGAACGCCUGAAUGAUUUGAAGACAUUUCUUGACUCACAUUCAAAUGUGUACGAUGUUUCAUUCGAUUUAGUUCGGAAUCGCCCGCCAGAAUUUCGUCUGAUGUUUGUAAACUUGAUCAAUUCACUGCAUCAUGCCACUGAUAAAAAACUUAAUAGGAAUUUUGUAUCUCAUGAAAUCGACCGAUUUGAUUCAGCUUUCCUUAAGCAGUACAUAAAUAUUGAAGGAACGCGAAAGUUUUUCAAGAGACACAAGAACUUUUUUAUCGUACAUCCAGACAGUACCGUUUCGCUCAAUCCGUUAUGCUUCAGCGUACCAUCUGCGUGGGAAUGCAAAGCUCUAUCAUUUAAUACAAAGACCCUAAAGUACGAUAAAAGUAUUGUGAUAACUGGUGUGGGUAGAAUUAUCAGUAAGUUAAGGAAUAUGCAGUAUAUCAAGAUUGAAAUCGUUCAUGGAGCUUGGAAAGGAGAAGUGAUAUGUGGCUUGAGUAAGAAUGUAUCAGGUGAAUUUAAUUUGGCUGCCAAAUUUCCUCUAGGGUCUCUGGUGAAAGUCCAGGCUUAUCGUGUGUAUGAGGGUGCUCAUUCGUGGAGUGCUUCUCGAAUCCUUCCCCUUGAUGAUCAUCAUGACAUAUGGAGAGUAACAAAAACAGAAAAAAUAGACGGUUCGCUUGCUAAGUUUAAAUCAGUCUGUCAAGAUGAGAAAGAUGAAUCUUCAUCAUUCCCAGAUUCUUCAUUUAUUCACUUAAGGGUGGUGCAAAUAAACAGUGAGAUUUCACAAAUGAAUGAGUCCGUGGUAAAGUCAGUUAGCGGAAAAUUCGAAAUUGAAUCAGCUAUCGAAAAUUGCAAGACUAAAAUGGUGAAUGGCUUAGAUUCAGUUCAAAUGAAAUUUUGUAACCUUGUUAUUAACGAUGAGAUUAAAAAAAUUAAUGAUAUUGAUAAAUGUUUGCGAGAUGGUCCUAAAACAUUUAAACAGAUGUUCGACAAACUAAUUAAUGGAGAUACUUUUUCAUAUUAUUCUUAUAUGGUUAACUUUGUUACAAUUCGAACUCAUCUUUACGAAAUAUCAGGAGGAUGGGUCAAAAUGAGAAAUACUUUCUAUCGUACACAGCUGCUAAAAUUUCUUCAUUAUAUAAAUACAAAAUCUGAGAAGGAAAUCACUGUUAAUAUGCUACAGAGAUUCAUCGUGGUAAAAAUGAUGAUUUUAUUUCUAAAAUUUCAAAUUUCAUGUCAUAUUUCGAACACAUUAAGUACUAGAAAAGCUGACGAUUUAGUUGAUGAAUUUUUUAAUUGUGCCAAAAACAUGGACACGUUUUUGACUUUUCUCGAAGAACAUGCUUCGAUUAUUGAAUUAGCGGAAGCUUGCGGUGAGCAGUUUAUUUUCUUGAGGGGUACCUAUUUCGAUAAUUUUUCUCUUUUUUUACCCAAGUUUCGCUUUCGGAAUUAUAUAUUAAUGAAUUGA